AUGUCGCAGGCAUCUGCGAGCCACACUCAGAGCCGACGAAGUCUCCCAUCCAGACUGAAUUUAAGGGCCAAUGUGCGUGAAAGACUAGGCCCACAACCUGGCAUCCGUGCUCGCCUGGGCCCGCAGGGAAACAUUCUUGAAAGGCUAGGCUCCCAGAGAGGUCAACCUAACGGCCAUCGCAAUGAGGAUCGUGAAGAAAGGCGCUCUGUUGCUCGCUCACAAAGAAAUGUUCACGAAAGGCUAGGCUCUCAAGGAGGUCAACCGGAUAACCCUCACGAUGAGGACCGUGAAGAAAGGCGCUCCGUUGCUCGCUCUCGAAGAACCAAUUCUCACCACCAAGCUACAGAGAAUACCUCGCAAGCCCAGUCUACCAACACGCCGCCUAGGCAACGCAGCCGAGAAGGUCAACCCUUGCAAACCAACGAGGAAGUCAAUCAACGUCGUCCAAAUCACCGAGGUCGCCCACAUGACCGAUUGGCCAUGCGUGUGGAAGACGUUGAGAAGGUUGUAAAUAACCGACUUCGAGACUUAAAGAUUGGUGGAAAUUUUGAAGAUACACUACGUAUGGAAGUAGACCGAGCAAAUUCCUCACCUUUCACUACAGAAAUUGAGCAGGCAACUCCUCCGAAACGAUUCUCAGCGCCCUCUUUCACCAGCUUCAAAGGGGAUUCCGAUCCUGAAAGCCAUCUGAAGCAUUUCAAGAGCCUUAUGAUCCUCUACAAAGCCGAAGACGCGCUAAUGUGCAAGGUGUUUGCAAUGACUUUGCGAGGAGCAGCUCAGGACUGGUUCCAUACCUUGCCCUCCGGGUCGAUCAGCAGCUUCAAGGAGCUUGCUUAUGUCUUCACCAAAGAGUACACUUCUUACCGGACGAUCAAGAAGAAUCCUAACCACCUGUACAACCUGCGCAAGAAGCCCAACGAAUCUCUUCGAGAUUACAUCAAGAGAUUCAAAGCAGAAAAGGCUAACAUCGUAGGAUGCGAUGACCGAAUCGCAUCCUCUGCAUUCAAGAAAGGUCUUCCAGCUGAGCACGACUUCUACUGCGAGCUGACUAUCACUCCCAGCCAGACUCUGGCAGAGGUCUUCGCGACUGCGGAACGCUAA